AAUAUUAAAACAAAUAUUUUUUGGAAUAUUACUAGCAACAACAAAUAAAAUGUAUUUUGGACAAGGGAUCUGUGGAAAAAUUAGAAGUUACAAUACAAUGUCAUAUUCAUGUUCUUAGCCCUUAAAUGCACAUGAGCCUGUGAGGCUCACAGAGAUUGGUAUCCACAAUACUCCAUCAAUGAUCUUGUUCAACAUAAUUCUUCUUCUAUUCCCCAAAAAUUGGUUUUGAACACAGCGCAUUACUUUAAUAUUGCAAAAUCUGUAGAUUUGCUAGGAAUUAGCUUUAAAACGGUAUGGUAUUGCCAAAGUCUGGACAUGCACUGUAUAAGUCAACGUAAAAUUGAUGGUAUGCUAUUUUUAAUGCAGUCUACAGUAGGAGUUGUAUUCUGGUGAGGGCAACUGAUGCAUUUGCUGACACGAAAUGGGUCCCCGACGUAAACAAAGUUUGAGAACCCCCUGGUGUACCACACACUGAGCUAUGUACGUUGGUUCAAUCCACCGGACUACAAGUCCCAACGUGCAUAGCGGCUGUUGCCGUUCUUUGUUACACUGGUAUUUCCUGUCGCUUUUUCGUAAGAGUUUGGCUGCCUGCUACAUUGUCGGCUGUUUAUUCAAUCAAACGUGUACCUCGUGCCAUUGUAAGAUGCGGUUCCCAUGGAGACCCUUGGCACUGUGUUGCGCAGCCCCUGGGAGACGGGCAUCAUCAUCAGUUCCCGAGGGCAUCCAGAGCUUUGUGCCCACCAGCAGCACCAUCGAUGCCCACGCCCUGGAGCAGCUACAGGCCUUCUUAUCCCGUGCCACGCGCCUCUUCGUCAUCACUGGGGCGGGUCUCUCCACAGAGUCUGGCAUCCCAGACUACCGCUCAGAGGGGGUGGGUCUCUACGCCCGCACAGACAGGCGACCAAUGCAGUAUGCAGAGUAUAUACGCAGCGCCAAGUCUCGUCAGCGCUAUUGGGCUAGGAACUAUAUGGGCUGGCCACAGUUCUCCUCUCAUCAGCCGAACUCUGCCCACCUGGCUCUACAGCAGUGGGAGGAGCAGGGAAAGGUACACUGGCUGGUAACUCAGAAUGUGGACGCGCUUCAUUCCAAGGCAGGCCAUCAAGGACUGACUGAACUGCACGGCUGCGCACACAGGGUGUUGUGUCUGGGCUGUGGGGCCGUGUCUCCAAGGGAGGACCUCCAGAAGCGGUUCAAAGCACUGAACCCUAGCUGGGGUGCACAGGCAGGAGGUGUGGCUCCCGAUGGUGAUGUCUUCAUUGAGGACGAGCAGGUCCUCCACUUCAGAGUGCCUUCAUGUAAGGAUUGUGGGGGCAUAUUGAAGCCAGAGGUGACAUUCUUUGGGGACACAGUGAACCGAAGGACAGUGCAGUUUGUACAUGAGAGACUAGCUGAGUCCGAUGCGGUUCUUGUCGCUGGAUCUUCUUUGCAGGUGUAUUCUGGAUACAGAUUCCUACUGGCAGCAGCUGACCAGAAGAUCCCAGUAGCCAUCUUGAACAUUGGGUCUACCAGGGCCGACCACCUGGCAGAGUUCAGAGUCAGUGCUCGUUGUGGGGAGGUAUUGUCUGUCAUUCAGCCUCACUGACCACAAAGACAGACGGAAGGCCUCACUAGGACUUCAGUCACUGAUCCACAGACACCAUGUUGUAUUGUUUUGAGAACUAUUCAGUGGGCUCUACUAUUCUACCUCUUGGUCAACCUGGCAGCAAUGCAAUCAGCUUUAGGACAUUGGGCUGAAGUGAUGGAUACUACUAGUAACUAGGAAUCAUGUGUUAUGGGCUUGUACAUGUACAGUGCCUUUAGAAAGUAUUCAAAUCUCUGUACCCCACAGAUACAAUUAUCUGUAAGGUCCCUCAGUCGAGCUGGGAAUUUCAAACACAGAUUCAACCACCAGGGAAGUUUUCCAAUGCCUUGCAAAGGGCACCUAUUGGUAGAUGGGUAAAAUAAAAAGCAGACGUUGAAUAUCCCUUUGAGCAUGGCAAAGUUAUUAAUUACACUUUGGAGGGUGUAUCAAUACACCCAGUGUGUUAUUGUUUACAAUAACACAAAGUAAAACUGCCCAAAAAUGUGGCAAAGAAAUGUACUUUAUGUCCUGAAUACAAAGCGUUAUGUUUGGAACAAAUCCAACAACACACUCUUCAUAUCACACACUCUUCACAGUUUCGUCCCAAGUCAAGCAUUAUGGGUACACUGAAUGGAGAUAAACACAGGCAAAAUCCUAGAGCAAAACCUGGUUAAAUCUGAUUUCCACCAGACAUUAGGAGAAAAAUUCACCUUUCAACAGGACAAUAACCUAGAAUACAAGGCCAGAUAUACACUUGUGUCUUACCAAGAUGACUUUGAAUGUUCUAGUUACAUUUCUGAGUGGCCUAGUUACAGUUUUGACUUAAAUCAUCUUGAAAAUCUAUGGCAAGACUUUAAAAUGGCUGUCUAGCAAUGAUCAACAACCAACUUGACAGAGCUUGACAAAUUAUUUAAAAAAUUAUAAUGUGCAAAUAUUGUACAAUCCAGGUGUGCAAAGCUCUUAGAGAUGUACCCAGAAAGACUCACAGCUGUAGGCCUAAUCGCUGCCAAAGAUGAGUCUAACAUGUAUUGAUUCAGCGGUGUGAAUAGCUUACAGCACAAAAAGUUUAUUUCUUUAACAUGUUGUGCACAAAUUUGUUUACAUCUCUGUUAGUGAUCAUUUCUCCUUUGCCAAGAUAAUCCAUCCACCUGACAGGUGUGGCAUACUAAGAAGCUGAUUAAACAGCAUGAUCAUUACACAGGUGCACCUUAUACUGGGGACAAUAAAAGGCCACUACACUGUGCAGUUUUCUCACACAACACAAUGCCACAGAUUUCUUAAGUUUUCAGCGAGCGUGCAAAUUGGCAUGCUGACUGCAGGAAUGUCCACCAGAGCUGUUGCCGGAGGAUUCAAAUGUUAAUUUAGCUACCAUAAGCCACCCCCAAUGUCAUUUCAGAGAAUUUGGCAGUACGUCCAACCAUCCGGAUCGUAUAAGACCAGCCACCCGGACAGCUGAUGAAACUGGGUUUGCACAACUGAAAAAUUUCUGCACAAAUUGUCCGAAACUAUCUCAAGGAUGUUCGUCUGUGUGCUCGUCAUCCUCACCAGGGUCUUGACCUGACUGCAGUUCGGCGUUGUAACCAACUUCAGUGGGCAAAUGCUCACCUUCGAUGGCCACUGGCACGCUGGAGAAGUGUGCUCUUCAUGGAUGAAUGCCGGUUUCAACUGUACUGAGCAGAUGGCAGACAGUGUGUAUGGCGUCGUGUGGGAGAGCGGUUUGCUGAUGCUAAUGUGAACAGAGUGCCCCAUGGUGGCAGUGGGGUUAUUGUAUGGGCAGGUAUUAGCUACGGACAACAAACACAAUUGCAUUUUAUCGAUGGCAAUUUGAAUGCACAGACAUACCGUGACAAGAUCAUGAGGCCCAUUGUGCCAUUAAUCCGCCGCCAUCACCUCAUAUUUCAGCAUGAUAAUGCACAGCCCAAAGUCGCAAGGAUCUGUACACAAUUCCUGGAUGCUGAAAAUGUUCAAUUUCUUCCAUGGCCUGCAUACUCACCAGACAUGUCACCCAUUGAGCAUGUUUGGGAUGCUCUGGAUUGACAUGUACAACAGUGUGUUCCACAGUCAUUUGAAGAGUGGGACAACAUUCCACAGGCCACAAUCAACAGCCUAAUCAACUCUAUGCAAAAUAUAUAUGUCAUGCUGUGUAACUGAUGUGAAAUGGCUAGCUAGUUAGCGGGGUGCGCGCUAAUAGCGUUUCAAUCGGUGACGUCACUCGCUCUGAGACCUUGAAGUAGUUGUUCCCCUUGAUCUGCAAGGGCUACGGCUUUUGUGGAGCGAUGGGUAAUGAUGCUUCGAGGGUGGCUGUUGUCUAUGUGUGCAGAGGGUCCCUGGUUCGAGACCAGGUAGGGGCGAGGAGAGGGACGGAAGCUAUACUGUUACAGCUGCAUCAGGCAAAUGGUGCUCACACCAGAUACUGACAGCUUUUCUGAUCCAUGCCCCUACUUUUUUUAAAGGUAUCUGUGACCAACAUAUGCAUAUCUGUAUUCCCAGUCAUGUGAAAUCCAUAGAUUAGGGCCGAAUUAAUUUAUUUCAAUUGACUGAUUUCCUUAUAUGAUCUGUAACUCAGUAAAGUAUUUGAAAUUGUUGCAUGUUGCGUUCAUAUUUUUGUUGUGUAAAUGAGAUUUCUGCAUUGAAAUUAUAAUACAUUUGCAAACAUUUCUAAAAACAUGUUUUCACAGUGUGGUAGCCAUUAUGAGGUAUUGUGUUUAGAUGGGUGAGAGAAAAAAAUCUAUUUAAUCCAUUUUGAUUUCAGGCUGUAAGACACGUAUCAAACUCAUUCCACAGAGGGCCGCGGAUCUGUGGGUUUUCACUCCUCCCUUGUACUUGAUUGAUGAAUUAAGGUCACUAAUUAGUAUGGAACUCCACUCACCUCGUUGUCUAGGUCUUAAUUGAAAGGAAAAAACAAAAACCAGCAGACACUAGGCCUUCCAUGGAAUGAGUUUGGCACACCUGCUGUAAUACAACAAAAUGUGGAAUAAGUCAAGGGGUAUGAAUACUUUCGGAAGGCACUGUAUACUCUAUGGCUGACAAGGCAAUAUUCUGAAGUUAGCCCCCGCCUUAUUGAUCCUCCCUGGAAGUAAUAGUCAUCCAUAGGAAUGAAUGGUUAUUAUUCUACUUUUCACUUAGCCUAUCCAUCGCUUUAGCUAACUAGUAUAUACUUUACAGACAACCUCCAAUAUGGAAAAUAGGUGCAAUAACUAUUUUAGAGUUUUAAAGAUGAGCUUUAGAUAUGUAGGCCUACUAAUAAUAAUAUUGUGGGGGAUCUAGUCUUGUCAGUGCACAGACAUGGUUUAGGUAAUGUCAACACCACAGUAUCAGUUAUGGGUACAAAUUCCCCUCACAAAUGCAUUUACCAAAUGAGGGGGAUUUACAUUUCCAAUAAAUAAAUAAAACGACUUAUGUAAAUCCAUUUUAUAAUAUGUUCUAUAAUAUCCAUCAACAAAGUGCUAUUGGAAUCACAAAGCCACAGAAGGUAAGGUGACAGUUGAUCUGGUCACACUGAGUCAGUCUGCACUGAAAGCCUUCCUGAAGUUUAGUCCAGUUAUCCAGAACUGACUGAGUCUCUGCCUGUAGCAGAGCUAGGUGAUUCUCAAAGCUCCUGCUCUGGUCAAACCAGUAGGUGGAGUGGUAGCCCAAUAGAAUCCCAAAGAGAAUGCACAGAUUCCAUGUGUCACAAUAUCUUUCUUCGAUACAGCGGACUGCGGCUAUGGAACCCUGGCCUGUUCAACGGACGUGCUACCUGUCCCAGACCUGCUGUUUUCAACUCUCUAGAGACAGCAGGAGCGGGAGAGAUACUCUCAAUUAUCAGCUAUGAAAAGCCAACUGACAUGUAUUCCUGAGGUUCUGACUUGUUGCACCCUCGACAACUACUGUGAUUAUUAUUAUUUGACCAUGCUGGUAAUUUAUGAACAUUUGAACAUCUUGGCCAUGUUCUGUUAUAAUCUCCACCCGGCACAGCCAGAAGAGGACUGGCCACCCCUCAUAGCCUGGUUCCUCUCUAGGUUUCUUCCUAGGUUUUGGCCUUUCUAGGGAGUUUUUCCUAGCCACCGUGCUUCUACACCUGCAUUCCUUGCUGUUUGGGGUUUUAGGCUGGGUUUCUGUACAGCACUUUGAGAUAUCAGCUGAUGCUAUAUAAAUAAAUUUGAUUUGAUUUGAUAUUCCUCACCA